AUGCUCUUCUAUAUCUGGGUCUUGUUUUCGGCCAAACAAUUUCAUUACAACUUCAAUUUUAUCUCCGGUGCACAGUAUAUCAUCCAUUUCAUUGAUAACCUUGCAAUUAUGGCAAUGAGGUUUCAUUGGAUAUUUGAUUUCGAUUUAGAAUCCAGUCCCGUCUUUGUCUGCGCUAUGACAAUCUCAAUAUACUCUAUGGUGUCUGCAAUGUGUGCCUUACCAUUAUCUAUCGUCGAAAGAUGUUUUGCAACGUUUUACUUGAAGGACUACGAAAUUAACCAACGACCUCACAUUUCUUACAUUCUAGUCAUUUUUCUCAGCUUGAUUGGAGUUGUUGGAGCUAUCGUACUCCAGAAUAAAGGGAACACUGUGUACGUGGUUGGAGUUCUGAUUCUGCUCAAUGUUAUUGCCCAAACGUUGAAUACAUUCCUGAGAAGAUGGAAUAAACGAAAGUACGACGAGUGUCACAACAACAUUUCUCUUCGUUUCAGCAGAAUCGGAAAGUAUUCCCUUGCCAAACGAUUUCAAAUCUCGGAAAAUAUAAGAUCUCUACAUAUGCUCAAUAUCAUCAUUUAUUACAUGGGGAUCAUGAAUGUCGUACUUGUCGUUAGUGUCCUGUUCUCCAGUUUUGACACAACUCCUGAAAAACAAGCGUUGUGCUCCGUGGUACUCGACGGAAGCAUCUUCUUUUAUAGUUUCGCACUUCCUCAAAUUAUGUCAUGUUUUUGUCAAAAAUGGAGAGUGCAGACGAAUUCAUUCAAAGAAAGACUGGGUUGUCCGAAGUCGACGAGUAUCGAGCCAUUGAGAGAUACAUUUGGAAGUGAUAUGAGAGAGGACGUGUCUAUGAAUAAAUACUUUGAUCAAUUGAGAGACUCAUGGGAAAAUGCAUGA